AUGGUCGGCUCAGGACACCCGCCAAUCUGGCCCACGCCUAAACGCGAAGUCACCCGGAUAGUUCUCGGCUCGGACGAAGUCCAUCGCCCGCAGGGCUUCGGCACAGCGAACAACCUCCCCUCACCAGCCACCAUCGUUCGACCGGCUUCGACCCCGCCGCAGCUCGACAGAACCAAAGUGAUGUACGGACUCGACAAAGCGAUCUUCGAGAAUCUUCAAAAGCGCCUUCAAGCCUCUCAGCACACGGCUACCUCGUUGAUGGAUCUCAUCAACGACAGCAAAGAACUUAAGAUAUUCGUUCCUUCAGCCCUCACCCUGGAGCGCACGGCGCAGGCCUGUGCCACCGCAGACACGCCAUUCUUACGCCGUGCGCUCAAGACGCUGUCGAGAGUAGAUCUGGAGGACUUACUCCUCCAGAUGGAUCUCGCACUCCGACAGCGUGAUACGGAAUGCGAGCAGGCUUCCAGAAUUGCGCGAGCGGCGCUAGCGACGAACGGCAGAAGCACCGUCAGCGCGGCCGACGACUGCCAGAACAAGAGCGAAAAGAGCACCGAUUCGUCACAAGAGUCGGCCAAGUGCUCACCAUCAUUCACACAUUUCGUCUCGAUAGCUACAUCGACACUGGGCGCCAGCCGGCAUCCCCACCUCCUGCAGAUGCUGGCUGCAAUCUCAAAUUCUGCUUCAGGAUGCCCUCUGGACACGGUCUCAAAGGCCGUAUCAGUCAAUCCCACGACGAUCUCUCCCACCGAGAAGGAGAUCAUCAUUGAACAGCACUCCGCUGGCAAUAAUGCGAUCAUGCAGGCAGCGAGCCUGGUUCGCACACAAAGCAUGUACGAGAUUCUCGUCGCGACUUACGCCUUGGCGAAGGACAACAUGAUUUCUGCCGCUACAGUCUUGCGGACAGUACAGCUCGAUGGGACGAGCGUCUAUUCUGCCGUUGUUCAUAUGACGGCAGGUACCAAUACCUCCGUCGGCUUAUGUCUGGCCCUGAAGACGGCUUUCGAUCUGGCAGACAAUCCUAGCACGUUCGCGAUGCAGCAUUCAGUGACGCUGCUUGUCCCGGAUCAGCAGAUUGUACAGCUUCUCGAAUCAGCCCGCUGGCAUAAGGUUCCGAUCGAAAGCAGAAGACAGUACUCGGUCUGCCAAGUCUCGCCAGCCGACGCUUCUUCGAUCAUGCAGCUGGCAAAAGCAAUGGCAUACCAAGCCACAGCGAAGCCCUCGCGUGGACUGUGUACGAGGUCGUCGGCAGAGGCGAAGGCUCGCACCCAGAAAGCCUCAGAAUCCGAAUAG